AUGCGUCUUUCUCUCGCGACUGUCUUCUCCGCCCUCGCGGCCCUCGCCUCGGCCUAUACCACCCCGGACUACACCAAAAACCCCACGGGCAAUGCCAUCCUCCAGCCCGGUCUGAACGAGCGCGUUGCUGCCGGCAAGCAGUACACCAUCAAGUGGACCCCCACCACCGAGGGCCCCAUCUCGCUGGUUCUCCUGCGUGGCCCCAGCACCAACGUCGUGCCCCUGGAGACCUUGGCCGAGGGCAUCCCCAACUCCGGCUCCUUCUCGUGGACUCCCAGCAGCACUCUGGAGCCCGAUACCAGCCAAUACGGUCUGCUUCUCGUUGUCGAGGGCACCGGCCAGUACCAGUACUCCACCCAGUUCGGCGUCAGCAACCCCGACUAUGUCGCCGGCUCCUCCUCGGCGGGCGUAAACCCAACGUCGACCGGCGCGGCGACCGCUACCAACUCUGCUUCCAAGAGUGAAUCGUCGGGUACUACCACUUCUACUAUGACUGCUACUACCACUGCGACUGCUACUGCUACUGCCACUGCCACCGCCACCGCUACUGCUACUGCCUCUGGCUCGGCCAGCGAUGGCACUCUCCCUGCCACCAAGUCCACCACUACUCUGAUCACCAAGGGCACCACCGAUGUCCCCACCUCAACCGCCCUCAUCACCAUCCCGACCGGGACCACCGCGGCCUCCUCGGUGAUCGUCUCGGGCACUCACAGCCGCACCUCUGCCACGCCCAGCCCCUCGACCAUCCUGUCCAACGGUGCGGACCGCGGUGCGAUCAGCCUGGCUGCGGUGAUGGUGGGCGUGUUUGCGGUGGUGGCGUUCUAG